GCGUAUCAUAGCAACAAGUUGUAAGCUAACUGUCUAUGGUUGUCAAUUGGAAAACAUGGCGACGCAGAGAGAGAAAGACGCCGCUGAUUAUCUCGAGAAACACAAAAUUUUCGAGCUCAUGGAAAACCUGACCAGCAUGCUCUUCUUUCACAGACCUGAAAAUCCCAGAGAGUUUUUCAUUGAGCAGUUGGAACAGCUGAAGAUGUCUCGGCAGAAUGGUGUGGACGGGCCAAAUCUGUUCAACAACUCCAACCUGGAUGCAGUCUUCGGGAUACUGGACCCCGCUAAUAAAAAAUACAUCACUUUUGCCCAAUACAAGCAUGCGCUGACCACACUGGGCAUAAAAAACAUUAAUGAAUGUCCCGAAGGUGUAAAUGAAGACAGAAUAUCCCAUGAAACCUUCGAAACAGAAGCGAUUCAGGGCCUGCAGAGAUGCUCAGCAACAUAUGAACAACUGUGAACUUAUGUUUUCUUCCAAUCAGCUGAUGUGGUAUUUAAUACAAAUACAAUGCUAUGUAUUUAGAAGUUUUCAUUGGGGCUGGGUCUUAUGUUGUAAAAUGACCGCAUUUUAUAUAAUUAUUGUUAUUAAACUUGUAAUGUUGAUAUGGAUUCUGAUUGAGGUAGUUUCAUUCGAAUAUUUGCCAGCUUUUUUGCACUAAAGUUAACAAAA